UAGCCUCCUCCGUAUAUACACAUUCAGAGGUGUUUCACUCGUGUUUCUUCUUAGCUCGAUACAAAAAACAAGAAGAAGAUGACAGCUCCUCAGGUGAAGACCGGUUUGUUCGUCGGGUUGAACAAGGGACAUGUUGUCACCAGACGCGAGUUGGCUCCUCGUCCCCGUGCUCGCAAAGGACAAACGAGCAAGAGGACGCUCUUUAUCAGAUCCUUGAUAAGGGAAGUUGCCGGUUUUGCCCCCUACGAGAAGAGAAUCACUGAGCUUUUAAAGGUUGGUAAAGACAAGCGUGCUCUCAAGGUGGCUAAGCGUAAGUUGGGAACCCACAAGAGAGCCAAGAGGAAGAGAGAGGAGAUGUCUAGCGUUCUCCGCAAGAUGAGGUCUGGUGGUGGUGGUGCUACUGAGAAGAAGAAAUGAGCAUCGUUUCUCUCAGGAUGACAAGCUACUCUUUUUUUAACGUUUGUUUUAGUAUUUGGGAUUUGAAGAGAAUUUUGUCCGGUGAUUAUUUGUUGAAACUUAUCAUUUUAUCUCUUAUUACCUCUGAUUUCAUUUAAA